GGACUCUGCUGAUUAAUUCACCGAACUAUCUUGUGAGAAUGAUGAUUACCGAUUGAGUUCAUAGUAGAUUAAUAACUGGUUUCGAACAUAUAAUUACGACCUGUCUUGGAGGGGAUCUAAUGAUCCUCAUCCUUCGUUCACCUCGAACUCCCAAGAUUCUAAACUCCAACGCCGCAACGGGCUUUUCCUACUCUUCCCAACUUCACAAGUGGAAACAACAGGAUAAAGAACUCUGAACCAUGGCCGCUUACCUCACAAAGAGGAUCUCCCAUCCUCAUCACGGCAUCCCGGUGUCCCGACCCGAGACCCCGGCACUCGCCAAAGAGGAGAAGUGCAAACACCCGAUCCCCAACGUCGCUGCGCAGAAUGUACCCUUCUUCACGCCGGCGCAGGAUCCGCCCGCGGGUUCGGCCAUCCAGGCCGCCGACGGCACACCCAUUCCCAGGCUCUUCACACCGAUCCAGAUUCGGGGCGUUACGCUGCAAAAUCGCAUCUGGGUCAGCCCCAUGUGCCAGUACAGCGCGCACGAGGGGUUCCACACGCCGUGGCAUAUUACUCAUUAUGGGGGUAUCGUCCAGCGCGGUCCCGGCUUCACAAUGAUCGAAGCAACGGCAGUGCAAGCCAACGGCCGCAUCACGCCCGAAGACUCCGGCAUCUGGCUCGACGCCCACGUCGACACCCUGCGCAAGCACGUCGAGUUCGCGCACAGCCAGAACCAGAGGAUCGGGAUCCAGCUCGCCCACGCGGGGCGCAAGGCGUCGACGGUAGCGCCCUGGCUCAGCGCCGGGGCGACGGCGACGGAGGACGUCGGCGGGUGGCCGCACGACGUGGUGGGACCCAGCGACGAGCCGUUCGGCCCGCACUACCCCACGCCGCGGAGCCUGACGGUCGCGGAAAUCGACAAGGUCAAGCGCGACUUUGUGGCGGCGGCGCAUCGGGCGCUGCAUGCAGGGUUCGACGUCGUCGAGCUGCACUUCGCGCACGGGUACCUCGUGUCGUCGUUCCUGACGCCCGCGGUCAAUAAGCGGACGGAUCGGUACGGCGGGAGCUUCGAGAACAGGACGAGGUUGGCGUUGGAGAUUGUGGAUGCGGUGCGGGCGGUGAUUCCCAAGACGAUGCCGCUUUUCGUGCGCAUUAGCGCGACGGAUUGGCUGGAGACGAAUUCGGCGUACCAGGGCGAGUCGUGGGGGUUGGAGGAUGCGGUCAAGCUGGCGGUUUUGUUCUCCCGGCGUGGGGUGGACGUGCUGGACGUUUCGUCGGGCGGGAACCAUGCGUUGCAGAAGGUGAAGGGCGGGCCUGGGUAUCAGGUGCACCUCGCCAAGCGGAUCAAGAAGGAGGUGGGAGAUGCGAUGCUCGUGAGCACGGUGGGCAGCAUCAAGGAGGGCAAGUUUGCCGAGGAGAUCAUCUCGGGCGGCAAGUCGGAGGAUGAUGUGCCCCUGGAUCUUGUGGCUGCGGGCCGCAUGUUCCAGAAGAACCCCGGCUUGGUGUGGUAUUGGGCGGAUGAUUUGGGUGUUUCCAUCCAGCUCGCGCAUCAGAUCGGUUGGGGGUUUGGAGGACGGGGUACGAAGAAGGUGGACCAUGUCAAGAUGUCUAUCCCUUAAAGGACAGCGGUGUUAGUUUGCAACGGUAUACCGUAUAGCCCGUAAAGAACAUAAAGAUAAGGUAGUAGCUGACUUGUAAGCGUCCAUGGUAGGUACGGUAAGGUACGUACCUUAUGUAGGAAAGACGCCCACGAA